AUGGCUUUUAUUUUGCCAUCAGAAUCAAUCGACGGCUCACCGCCAGCUAACGGACUCCACAUGAACGGACAGGACUCCCUGGUGCAGCCAUUGCUCACCGAUUUCUAUCAGAUUACCAUGUGUUAUGCAUACUGGAAGACUGGAACUCACAAUGAGCCAGCGGUUUUUGAUGUUUUCUUUCGCAAGAAUCCAUUCAAUGGAGAGUUUACGGUGUUUGCUGGAUUAGAGGAUUGUUUGCGGUUCGUGGAGAACUUUAAAUUCAGUCAGAGUGAUAUAGAAUAUGUCAAAAAGAUUCUCCCUGAGAAUGCUGACGACUCUUUCUUCGAGUACCUCGAAACACUUGAUGGCAGUCGUUUGACAAUUGAAGCUGUCAGCGAGGGAUCAGUUGUUUUCCCAAAAGUUCCUCUUCUCACAAUCUACGGCCCACUGGCGAUGUGUCAGCUUCUGGAGACAUCGAUUUUGAACUUGGUCAACUAUGCGAGUCUCGUGGCUACCAAUGCGGCAAGAUUCAGACAAGCCGCUGGAAAUAAAAUCAACUUGUUGGAGUUCGGACUUCGUAGAGCACAAGGACCAAAUGGUGGAUUGACAGCUAGUAAAUAUUGCUACAUUGGAGGAUUCGAUGGAACUAGCAACGUGUUGGCUGGAAAAUUAUAUGGAAUUCCAGUCAAAGGAACACAAGCACACAGCUUCAUUUGCUCGUUUUCUUCUCCAGAUGAGCUGAAAAUCCGUACACUUAACCAUAAAGACUCAAAAGAAACUUCCGAUCUUUUCAAGUUGUCGACUGAAAAGCGUAAAUGGCUUUUGGAAGAAAUCAGUUGGGGAGUUGUCCAAUCAGAAGUGUCCGAUGGAGAACUCACUGCGUUUGUUGCCUACGCCAUCGCCUUCCCAGACUCAUUCCUAGCUCUCAUUGACACUUAUGACGUUCUUCGAAGUGGAGUCAUCAAUUUUGUAGCCGUCUCGUUGGCUCUUCACGAUCUCGGAUACAGGUCAAUGGGAUGUAGAAUUGAUUCUGGAGAUUUGUCAUACCUUUCGAGAGAGUUAAGAGUAAGAUUCGUCAAAGUUGCUGCACUAAACGAAGACUACAAGUUCUUCGAAAAAAUGUGCAUCGUUGCAUCCAAUGAUAUUAAUGAGGAAACCAUUAUGUCUUUGAAUGAGCAGAAGCACGAAAUCAACUCAUUUGGAGUUGGCACUCACCUGGUGACAUGUCAAAAGCAACCGGCUCUUGGAUGUGUAUACAAGCUGGUCGCACAAUCGUCACAGCCAAAGAUAAAGCUGAGUCAGGAUGUGACGAAAAUCACGAUUCCUGGCAAGAAGAAGUGCUACCGGAUCUUCGGAAAAAACGGCUACGCUAUUCUGGACUUGAUGAUGCUCGAAGAGGAAGAAGAGCCAAAACCAAAUGAGCAAAUUUUGUGUCGGCAUCCGUUCGAGGAAUCCAAGCGAGCGCUUGUCAAUGCCAGCAAGAUUAUCAAGCUUCACAACGUCUACUGGAAGGAUGGAGUGCUGGCCACGCCUCUUCCAACGCUCAAUGAGAUCAAGCAGCAUGUCAACGAAUCGAUCAAUGAAAAUCUUCGGCAGGAUCAUCGUCGAUAUUUGAAUCCGACUCCGUACAAGGUGUCUGUCUCUGAACGCCUCUACCAAUUCCUGCAUCAUCUCUGGCUCCAGAAUGCACCUAUCGGACAGCUCGAAUAG